GUCAUUCAUUAUUAUUUUUCACGUGCCAUAUUAAUCUACUCCAUUCCUUCAUUUUGGUUUGCGUCGUCUUCCUGUGCAGUUGGUGAAUAGGUGUGGUAUACGCCAAGAUGUCACACCGAAAAUUUAGUGCUCCUCGCCAUGGGUCUAUGGGUUUCUAUCCCAAAAAGCGUUCUCAACGUCAUCGUGGUAAAGUAAAGGCAUUCCCUAAAGAUGACCCUAGCAAACCCGUACAUUUAACGGCUUUUAUCGGCUAUAAAGCUGGUAUGACCCACGUGGUUAGAGAAGCUGAUAGGCCUGGUUCAAAGGUGCAUAAGAAAGAAAUUGUGGAAGCAGUUACCAUUCUUGAAACACCCCCAAUGGUAGUGGUAGGAUGUGUAGGUUAUAUUGAAACACCUCAUGGUUUAAGAGCAUUGGUUACUAUUUGGGCAGAACAUUUAUCAGAAGAUUGUCGUAGGCGCUUCUACAAGAAUUGGUACAAGAGCAAGAAGAAGGCUUUUACUAAAGCUUCCAAGAAAUGGAAGGAUGAUUUGGGCAAGAAGUCUAUAGAGCGAGACUUCAAGAAGAUCAUCAAGUACUGCAAAGUUGUGAGGGUCAUUGCUCAUACUCAGAUGAAAUUAUUGAACCAACGUCAAAAGAAAGCCCAUAUUAUGGAAAUUCAAUUAAAUGGAGGAACCGUUGUGGAUAAGGUUAAUUGGGUAAAAGAGCAUCUUGAAAAACCUAUUCCUAUCUCUAAUGUUUUUGCCCAAGAUGAAAUGAUUGAUUGUGUUGGUGUUACUAAAGGAAAAGGAUACAAGGGUGUUACAUCGAGAUGGCAUACAAAGAAGUUGCCUCGUAAAACGCACAAAGGUCUUCGUAAAGUCGCUUGUAUUGGUGCAUGGCAUCCUUCAAGAGUUGCCUUUACUGUUGCUCGUGCAGGUCAAAAAGGUUACCACCAUCGUACUGAAAUGAACAAGAAAAUUUACAGAAUUGGAGCUGGUAUCCAUACCAAGGAUGGAAAGGUGGUAAAGAAUAACGCAUCUACAGAGUAUGAUUUGACCGAAAAGACCAUCACCCCCAUGGGUGGUUUCCCCCAUUACGGUGAAGUUAAUAACGAUUUCGUCAUGAUCAAAGGUUGUUGUAUGGGACCAAAGAAGAGGGUCAUCACUUUAAGAAAGUCGUUGUUAGUUCAUACUAAACGUGUCGCUUUGGAAAAAAUUAACCUCAAGUUUAUUGACACAUCGUCUAAAUUUGGACAUGGAAGGUUCCAAACUGCGGCAGACAAAGCCGCAUUCAUGGGUACCCUUAAAAAGGACAGGAUUAAGGAAGAAGAAAAGGCUGUACCAGCUGCUAGUGCUCCUGCUUAGAAAUAUUAAUUUUUUGUUUUACAGUUUUUGAGGUACACACUGUAUUGACUAUAUUCUGUCUUUAGAGUUUCUUUUAUUUUCUUUAUUGACAGGGAAAUAAAAAAAAAUAAAUAAA